AUGGCGACCCGCAUUCUCUUUCUUGGGGUCGCAGCCCUUGUAAUCAUCGUCGCAGGAGCCGAUCAGAGCCCCCUUCAAGAUUUUUGUGUCGCCAACCCUUCCAACGGAGUUUUUGUGAAUGGUUUCGCAUGCAAAGACCCCAGAAUGGUCCAAGCCAAUGACUUCUACUUCGGAGGGCUUCACUUAGCCGGCAACGUAUCGAACCCAGUCGGAUCAAAAGUGACUCCCGUGACCGUGGCUCAGUUGCCGGGGCUCAACACGCUCGGCAUCUCGCUUGCCCGGGUCGACUACGCGCCGUGGGGCAUCAACCCGCCCCACACGCAUCCCCGCGCCACGGAGAUCUUGACGGUCAUUGAAGGUACUCUCGAGGUCGGGUUCAUCACCUCCAACCCCGACAACCGUCUCAUCACGAAGGUCCUCUCCAAGGGCGAUGCGUUCGUUUUCCCCAUGGGACUCAUCCAUUACCAGAGGAACGUCGGAUACAGCAACGUUGUUGCCAUCGCGGCUCUCAACAGCCAGAACCCUGGCGUCAUCACGAUCGCAAAUGCGGUUUUCGGAUCGAAUCCGGAUAUCCCUACGGACCUUCUUGCCAAGGCAUUCCAAGUUGAUAAGAGCAUCGCCGGUCAGAUCCAGUCCAAGUUCUAG